UGGAGCAUUUGUGCCAGAUUACAUGAGGGGAAAAUCAAAGUUUAACUUCUGGCAGAUUGCCGGCAAAUCAGCAGAAUUUAUCCUACAAUUGUUUUCAGAAAUAGCGAAAAAAACCAAGAAAGCCCAUGUGAUUCCAAGUGAUUGUUACAGUAAUAGUAAAGCUAAAAGUUGGCCAAAGUUCAAUUUUCCAUCAUAUGGUAUCAAAGCUGAAACCAAGUGUUUUCCGCUGUCUUACAACCUAAGUAAAACCCUGGGAAAAGAGCCAAAUCCACAAGUUUGCUGUGACUUACCUGACUCCAACAACGAUCAUUAUGGUGGUAACUUUGUUCGCCUUGCCUGUUACCACACAUUCCAUGUGUCCUGUUUAUCAAGUGAUGGCUGCUGCAGUAUAUGCAAAGAACCUUUGGAACAAUUGAUAAAGAAUAAAGUCUCUCAGUGUAAUGAAGGACUGUUGAAAAAUGGAGGUACAGAAUCAGAUGGUGAAUCAAGUGACCCCGAAACUGAAGAUGACACAGCAACUGUGGUGAACGGUGAAACAGGAAAUGCAAAUGCAGAGCAGUACUACACCUCUGGACUCUGGGAACAGAAAGUCAAUAGCAGCCUCUCAGCCAUUGGAGAGAUUGAUCAACCACAACACCCUAAUGCUCAAGCCUCAUAUGCACACACCCAGUCUCAGUCCUCAGUGAUCCAAACUAGCUCCAUUGUCCAGCAACUAUCUAUAAAUCCUACCAAGUCCAACAGAAUUACAAGCUGGCAUUUCCCACCUGAAUAUUCACAAUCAACUUUAAUUGGCCGACUAGGCAGUAAUGCAUGCACAUUUAUUGCCCUCACAUACAGUAAAUUAUACUUUAGCUCGCCCGAACCUCUGGACAGCAGCAGGCCCCUAAGCAACACCUGGAUUUACAGAGUUCUUGCAGCUAUCAUGCUUGGCAACCAAUUUUAUGACAAGGCUGCUGGAAACAGUGGUGGGCAGCUGUAUGGUGUACGGGAAGCAGCAACUAAAAUGGAGCAGACAAAAGCUCUUGAAAGCAUUGAAGUCUCUACAGAGUUGCCAGCCAGUAUCAUCAGAGAGCAGACUCCAGCAGCAAGCCUGCCGUACUACUUAAACCAAGCCCAGCUGAACAAUUCCAAAACGGCAUGUAUCUUUAUUAUCAAUGGCAAAACAGUGGCAUUCAUCCGAACACAGAAUGGAAUAACAGUGUUUGACAGCCAUUACCAUGAGACAAGUGGAGCAUUUGUGGCAAUGGCCCCAAGCGAUGCAGCGUUUGAAUUGCUUUUAAUUGUUUAAGACAAUUAACAACAUACCUCAUAAUUUAGGAGCAGUGACAUGUGUCUCAUUCAAAUAAUGGAAUUUAUCGAUCGAGUAAGAUAAACAAACUUAGUAAAAAACAAGUACUGUACAGGGGUAUAGGUACACGUAGCCAACAAUACGUUCCUUGAGAAAGCAAUUUUUUUUAGCUUUAAGUUUUACGAGUGAGCUUACGAGUGCAUGCAGGUGCUGGGCAUUCAUGUUUCACGACAACACAGAGCGUUUGUAUUCACAUAAAUAUUAACUUACGACAAGCGCAAGAAAGGUGCCGUUUUGAUUACAAAACAAACUAAGAUCGU